UUCGUCUGUUAUUACUUAGCACUUAAGUGUUAGUUACACAAACUUGUUCUACCAAUUAAAAACGCUGUCAUUAUUAAUACUUUCCUUUUCUUUUUCUUCCUUCUUCUAUCAAAUCGCAACGAAUCAUCUUUUGAUCUCGCUCUACUACAGUGUAGUUUUUGUGAGAAUUGUUGGAGAUGAGUCAAAGGGGUUUGAUAUAUAGCUUUGUUGCCAAAGGAACUGUUGUUUUAGCUGAACACACUCAAUAUACUGGAAAUUUCAGUACCAUUGCUGUUCAAUGCUUGAAUAAGCUUCCUUCAAAUAGCACCAAAUACACUUAUUCUUGUGAUGGUCACACCUUCAAUUUCCUCUUAGACAAUGGAUUCGUUUUCCUUGUUGUUGCUGAUGAAUCAAUUGGAAGGAGUGUUCCUUUUGUGUUUUUGGAACGGGUGAAGGAUGACUUUAACCAGCGUUAUGGUGCUAGUAUUAAGAUUGCCAGCGACCAUCCACUUGCUGAUGAUGAUGAGGACGAUGAUUUGUUUGAAGAUAGAUUUAGCAUUGCAUACAAUCUUGAUAGAGAAUUUGGGCCGAGUCUUAAGGGGCAUAUGCAGUAUUGUUUGACCCAUCCUGAAGAAAUGAGUAAACUAUCAAAGUUGAAGGCUCAAAUAACUGAGGUCAAGGGGAUAAUGAUGGAUAAUAUUGAGAAGGUGUUGGAUCGUGGGGAGAAGAUUGAACUUUUGGUGGAUAAAACGGAAAACUUGCAGUUCCAGGCUGACAGCUUCCAGAGGCAGGGCAGGCAGCUAAGAAGGAAGAUGUGGCUGCAGAAUCUCCAGAUGAAGCUGAUGGUGGGAGGAGGAAUCCUUAUCUUAGUUAUAAUAUUAUGGGUUAUUGCUUGUGGGGGUUUCAAAUGUUGAUUGAGGUAUAAGAAAUUGAAUUCUGUAUUUGGGCACAUAAGGGAUGUGUAGAAAAUGAUAUAUUCCACUUGUACAUUGAAUUUGGUGCGCAUCGAAUUUAUGGUUAUUCUUAUUGACUGUAAUUAAGCUUGUGGUAUACUGCUGGUCACUUUGAAUCAAGCUUAUUUUAGUUGACAUAA